AUGACUUGGUCCGAUUCCGAAGAGUCAAUUAUCCCUCGAGGGGAUAUACCUAAUAGAAGAAUCGAAGAGCUGCCAGAUAGUUACGAAGAAAACGCGGCUGAGCAGCGGGGAGGAUGGGGCGACCAAAACGAUGAUGAUCAAGCUCCGGGGUGGGGUGAAACAGCAGGUGGAUCUGGAGAAGUUUAUGAUGGUCAGCAGCAGGACAAUUGGGGUGAUGUUUCUCGGAACAGCAAUUGGGAAGAUAAAUCUCACAUUGAAGAAACGAAAUCGAUAGAUGCCGUGGUAAAUGGUGGAGACUCGUGGUUUGGUUCUCCUAUGAAGGUUGACAAGAAAGAGAAUUCUGGUGGGAAAAGAGCGAAGAAAGAUGAAGGGUCGUUGGACAACUCUAAGAAGUCUGAAGAUAUCUUCUCUGCUGGACAAUCACAGGAAGACCAAUCUCUUGAAAAUACUCCUUUCACACCUAAACCUUCUAACGAUCCUCCUUUAACGCCUAAACCUGCUGAAGAUCCUCAAUCUGAGCCUUACGAUUGGAGAAAGACUCCUGCUCUGCCUGUUCCUCGAAGAAGUGGUUCGUAUAGCCUCCAAGCAUACAAAGCUUCCUUAGAAGAGCAUCUACACAGCAACGACUCUUCACAACAACUCCCACAAAAACCUUCAUCUAGAAAACUUUCUCCUCAGCAACUUAACCUCUCCUCCACCUCAUCACAUCACUCCCACAGCUGUCCACGUCCUGCAAGUAAACCUUCAUUACCGAUCUUCUCUUACGGGAAACUUAAAUCCCAAGAAGACAAUUCACAGAAAGAGCAACGUGCCAGAGAUAUCUCACCGAAGCCUCGAUCUCGAGCUGACUCAAUUCAUCAACCUCCACAGAGAGAAGAAACUAUCCCAAAACCUCCCCCCUUGAAAGACGCGUCACGAAAACUUCCUUCCUCUAAAGCUUCCUCUCAGAAGUUUAACCCUCAAGAAGACCCAUCAGGUAACCCAAAGCCUGCAAAAGCUUCUCCUCAGACCCAAGGUGAUUCUUCACGUCAACCAAAAUUUGAAUUUAUUAAGCCUUAUUCUCAAACCAUGUCUCCACCAAAAACAUCGAAGAUGGUCAAAGACCAUUCGGAGCCCGAACAUUCACGAAAGAAUGAAAAGAGGCCAGCCAAGGAGUACAAGGGUGAAACGAGCAACCCAUCACGACCUCCACCUAUCACGCAGCAGCCGGUCGUGUCUGGAGAUUCUUUUCUAAAUCUCCUCAUAUCCGGAAAGUUCUCCGAUAUGACAGUUGUCAUCGGUAGCGGCAGAGAGAAGCGAAUUUACAAGCUUCACAAGAACAUUCUUUGCACUAAGUCCGAGUACUUCCAAGGUGCCGUUCAGAACCUCAACGAUCCAAGCCGGGGGGAGCUUUGGAUCCGUAUCCGAGACCUCCUGCCCCCAAUCUUCGACCUGGUCCUCGAAUGGAUCUACGGCGAUGUUCUUGCCAUCGAACGUCACCAACCACUCAUUCUGGCCCUCUACCGAGCUGCCACCUUUCUCAAGAUCCGUGGACUGAAGCUCCACAUCGCCCGAAGCGUCAGCAAGAUGCUUAAGGGCAAGCGCAAGUACGGGGCUGGAAUCGACUUCGACGACUUCGAGGUCGUCCGUGGACUCUUCCGGUAUGCGGAGUCCUCGGAGUACUUUUCCAGUCUCCGAAAGUGCACCGACGAGCUGGCGUUGCAGAACAAUGUCCCAAAGGACAUGCUUGCCGCCGAGCACGCGAAGAAGAGAGACGAGGAGGCCACCGACGCGAACACGAAGUUCUGGAUGGCAUUGUCGUUGAGCUACCAGUUAGCUCUCGACGCCACCGUUUGCUCGGGGUGCAGGGGGCGGGUGUCCACGAAGACCAGAAAUGGUCUGGACAGGAAAUGCUGUCAUUGUGACAGCGAAGACGAGGGCUCCGGCCCAUCUACACCACCACCACCACAACCACGACCGGACCCGAAGUCGGAGAAAUCCGACAAGACACCACGUUCGGCCCGCAAGGGCAAAGAUGUCGAGAAGAGGGGGUCUUAG